AGAAGAAGUUUCUUCACCCCUCCCUCAGCUUCUCCCUCACUCACAGGCAUACGGGGGCCACAUAGCAGCAGGGACAGGAGGCCAGGCUGCAGCUGUUGGCCAUCUGAAACGACCAGACCUCAGUGUCCGCUAUUCAGCCUUGCCAUGAGGGCCCUAAUCCUUAUCACUGCCGCCUUAAUCAGUCUUGCCAGUGGCCAGAACCAGGCCCUGAUGGAUUAUCUGGAGCGCAGGAUGCUGUCCAUCGAGGAACGUAUCUCCCUCUGGCAGGAUCAGACCAACCGGCAAGCCUCUGAGCUUCGAGAAUUCAAACAGCAGGUGUCGGCGCUCCUGGAGAGCAUGGAGAAGCAGAGGGAAGAUCUCCGCUCCGACCUGAGCAGCGUGGUGUCCCGUGUGGAUCGCGUAGAGCGCGAGAUGGACUACCUGGAGACCCAGAACCCCCAACCUCCCUGCAUGGAUGUGGACGAGCAUCUGGUGGAGCAAGAGGUGGCCACUGUGAAGGAGAAGAACAAAGCGAAGUACACCAAGCUCUCAGAUUGCCGUGACAUGAUCUCUAGUAUCAAAGCCAUGAAGAUCUUGAAGAGAGCUGGCAAUGCCAAGGGCAUGUGGACCAAAGACACCUCAACUAGAUCUGGCAAGGUCUACCUCUUCAAUGGAGUUUCCGAGGACACCCUGUAUGAGUUUGCAUCGAUCCGGGACCUGACAGCUUCCUCCAAGUUGUCCAGGGGUAAGCUGAUCAAGCUGCCUUCUUCUUGGGGUGGAACGGGGCACACUGUCUACAAUGGGUUCAUCUACUAUGUGAAGGAAGGUCAGGAACUUCAGGUGAUCAAGUAUGACCUGCGGAACGGAUCGAUAGCCGACAGCGUGGUUUUCCCCGCCGAGAACCCUGUACCGGUCUACAGCCUCACCAGCGAGACCUAUAUCGACCUGGCGGCCGAUGAGGAGGGUCUCUGGGCCCUCUAUGCCACACAGGAGAAUGACCGCAACAUCUGCCUGGCCAAAAUGGACCCCAACACACUGGACAUCGAGCAGAUGUGGGACACACCCUGCCCCCGCGAGAACGCCGAGGCGGCCUUCGUCAUCUGUGGCACCGUCUACGUGGUGUACAACACCAAGCUGCCCAGUCGCUCCAGGGUACAGUGCGUCUAUGAUGUCAAUGACAUGGUCUCCAGCGACAAUGCCCCUCUAGUUUACUUCCCCAAGCGCUACGGCUCGCACUCCAGCCUGAAAUACAACCCGCUUGAACAGCAGAUCUACGCCUGGGAUGAUGGCUAUCAGAUUCUUUACAAGCUGGUCAUGAAGAAAAAACUAGAGGUCUAAGCAUCCAUUGUGAGAUGUACAAGCCCCCAGAAGACAACAUUAGUGACUUUUUGGCAAUAAACUUAGUGCGCCGAUACUCGUACACUGCCUUGCAUCCAUCCAUCCAUUUUCCAAACCACUUAUCCUACUGGGUCGCGGGGGGUCCGGAGCCUAUCCCGGAAACAAUGGGCACGAGGCAGGGAACAACCCAGGAUGGGGGGCCAGCCCCUCACAGUGCACACUCACACACCAUUCACUCACACAUGCACACCUAUGGGCAAUUCGUACACUGCCUUGUGAGUUUCAAAUAUGUAUAUAAGUGUUAAUUUUUACUCAUAUAGAGAAUAUACUAUAUUACACUAAUCGUUCACAUAGAAAAGCACAAUUCAAUUUUUAUGACAUUAUUUUAUUUAGAUUUUUGUUGAUAAUCACAGUAAAAUAAAACCUUUUUUCAGCAAUUUCAAUAAUUUUGCUACGUGUAGUAAUUCAUAUACUUGCUUUAAGUUCCAUAAGGAGAAAAGAGGACAAGUAUAGACAUGAAUACAAAAUACAUUAAAACUUUAACAGGUUUCAGAUGUUCCAGAAAAUAUAUGUUGUUGUAAUUUACAUAUUAUUUUCCAUUUCCAAUAUUAUUUUUCCAUAUGCAUCAUGUGUAUAUCUCAUAUGCAUACAGUACAUUGUAUUUAUUGCAUUUCCUGUGACUUCCAAAGAAGUUUGACUUUAUAGAAGUUUUGCUCUCUAUAUACAGUAUAGAAAUAAUGGAUUCCAUUGGGAGCUCUAAAUGUUAACCUUUAUUGUACUUGAACUUUUAAAACCUUUAAAAUCAGAGUCACAGUUCACCUUUUUGACAAAAUACACCUGCACGUUCUAGGAAUUUGUCUUAGCUGUAUACCUCCCAGACAACAUAAACGAAAAUGAAGAACAACAAACACAACAUAAACGAAAAUGAAUAACAACAAACAAACAAAUAAAUACUACAUAUUUAAGUUUGAGUAAUGAGCAAUAGUGCAAAUGGAAAUAAAAAUGCCAGGGGUGUCAGUCUACAUUCAUCUCCACAGACGUUUUCUGUAAUUAAAUUUAGUUGAAAUUUGGAAAAAAAAAGGUUAUGAAAAUCUACCAAAAAAGCUGUAUCAUAUUUAAUUUCUAUUACUACACGAUUCUUUCAAAGCAAAUCACAUAAAUUUACCAAGAUUUACCUGUCUGCCAUUUGAGCAGCAAUAAACAAUACAUUUCUGAAGAAUCAAAUUUCAUUUUGUUAAAAAAAAUCCAUUCUUAAAUGAAGCUUAAACAGGGCUUGCAAAUGUGAGUGUUUUUAGGGACUCACUGGGCUAGUUAAUAACCAUAGAAGUGCAAUUGUCCAGCUUAUAUUUUAAUUAAACAUAAUGUACAAAAUGUGCCGUACAAUUCUCUCUGAGCAAGGGGAAUUAAUAAAAAAAUCACAGUAGGUGACACAGGGCUGGCAUUUUGUGGCAAAGCUGAUUUUGUCAGUAUUGCUUUGAAGAGGACGGUCCCUGAAGUGUGAAGGUACGCACCUGAAAUCAAAAGCUCGGUGGGAACUUCCUUCAAACAGGCAUCAGGAACAAACAGCAGUAGAUUUUAUUGUAUCAGGCAUGCGAGUCACUAUAUGCUGAAUUAAUCUGUUCGUCUGAUGUUGCCAUGCAGCAGAUCUGAAUGCAGUACACGUAAAUCUCACCGAUGUCGACUGCAUGCAAAUACUAUGUAUAUCACAGAUGCAUAUCACUUCUUAUAUUUUAGGUAGAGCCAUUAUGCCCAACAGCUAAAAUUCAUAUUGGAGAGUUUGGAAGCAGGCACCUUUGCAGAAAAUUAAUUAAUUAAUUAAUUGUCUACCUUAAUUUUAUGGCUCUUUGUCAGAAUUCAUUUAAAAUCGGUCACCUCCUCACCGGUUCCUGAAGCCAGGUCCUCCCCUUCAGCAGAUUCUUAACAAGGUUUCCUGUCAGCGCCGAUAAAAUGCUUUAGAAUCGUCUGCCCGUGCAGUCGCCUAAAAACUUAAUUUAAGCUUCAGUGCCUCAAGAUGUUUUCCUUCAAAAUACAUAAAAUGUAUAUGCAUUAAUAAACAGAUGCAAAUUUCCAAAA